AUGAGUUUAUCCAAGGACUCGUCUACUCCAGGUGCGGGUUCAUUACAUCCCUCAAGUUCCCUUGACACCUCUGGCACCGUCCCAGCCCCGGAUGGGUCUCGUCUAUAUAACAUCUACCAUACGGUUUUGCAUCAUCAUUACGAUGUCACUCUGGCCGACAAAACACCUCUCUAUCAUGUGGAAAAUUCACUGAUCCGACCGAAAAAGCCCGAUCUCACAGUCCAUGGUGGCAUGGACGAGAGUGCCCCCAUCGUGGCUGUCUGCAAGUUUCUUCACUUCUCAAGACAUUUGAAAGUCGGACUGGGAGAUCCCCAGAAUAUUAGCGAUGUGCAGUGGGAGGACCUUGUGUGCAUGAACUACCAGCUCACCAAGUACCGCUGGCAAAUGACCAUGAGAUCCCCCUAUGGUGAGGUGAUCAAGCGGUCUUUUGUCUGGAAGCGCACCCAUAGCGUUGGGGUCGAAGACAGCAAGCCCUCGAUACUCAGUUCGCGCAAUUACAAGCUCGUGAACGAGCAAACGGACCGCAUUGUCGCGGUGUUUACCAGCAACAGCCUCAAGAGCUUCACCAAAUGUGGCAAGCUUCAGAUCCAUGCGGACUAUGGUCGGGAGUUCGAGCUCAUGGUCAUUCUCACCGUGCUUGCUCUUUAUGAGAAACAACGACGUCGCAACAACAGCGGCAACGGGGGUGGAGGCGGCGGUGGCGGCGGUUAA